UCAAGAAGUUUUCUUUGUAGCUUCAUGUGUAAUUACUCCAUUCCAUAUGUACAUAUAUUGUGUAAAAUUGCACUACAUAAUUAUUGGGUCAACUAGUAAGCAAGUAUGCGGGCCUACACGUGUGGUAGCCGCGUCAGUUGGUCAGUCAAGCCCACACACGGGGCGGCAAGUCAGCGAAGCGGUGAGACGCGAGAACGCAAGGCAACCGUGAGCCAGUAAGGCGCUGCGCUUGGCGUUUCAGUUGCUUAACAGCUGUUACACACCGCGUACGUGUUUCCGAACGCAAUUGGCCGGGCUCGUAAUUGACACUAUUGACAGAGAUGUCAUUUUACUUUUUGAAGUUUUUAAUUUUUGGUUUAAUCACAUAAACAGAACAUCGUUUAUGCGCAAAAUUUAGUGUAAAUUCCGAAAAAGUGACUGUAUUUGGCAGUAUUAAUAAAUCUAACGGUGUGAUUGUUUCGUUUUACAAACAGUGACGUUAUAUUGUUUACUACUGAGUGCCUAACGUACUUUUGAUAGUCUCAUCAAUUUAGUGAAAAUAAUGUUGAUCGACUCGCUUUCUUCAUCUGAGAUGAAAACUAAUCGAAUCUCUCGAGAGUGACCUUAAUCGAGCUACGUGUCGGAUGACCUUCUAAAUGAAGGAGUCAUAUCCUGACGAAAUUAUGCUGUGUUUCGUUCAAGGUUUUGGGAAUGGAUGUGAACAUGGUUACAAUAAGAGUAGAGAAAUUACCGAAUGCAAUGAAAAUGCUGGGUUGAGGUUAUCUAAAAGGAGGUCGCAAGCUAAAAAGGUGUCAUUACAAGUGCAGACAAAUCUAGAAGUGAGUGAGACUGUUGAGGAUGUGGAAUUGAAGCCAAAAAAGUCUCAGUCGCUGGUGACUGGGAAGUCCCUGCGUCUGUCGUCGGGGGACAGGCUGCUCCGGUUGCCUGAGGUCAAGAGGAGUCUGAGCGACAGGUUCUCAGUUAUUACUGAUGCAAGCGGGAAGAGGCCCAGUAAAAAUCUUCUGACCGUUAGAAAAACAUGGUCAACCGGCAACUUCGCAUCGGGCGCAGCGGGUGGCGGGUGCGGCGCCCCUCGCUCCGCCCCCGCCACCCCGCUACAGCUUGAACCUCACCCCCGCACUAAGCAUGACAAACAUGUAGUGAAGCCACUGUCAGGCUCGGCGCCGUCCGUGCGCGAGCCGGCGGACGCCGUGGAGACCGAGGGCGGCAGCAAGCAGCCCAGCAAGUCGCGCCAGAAGAAGUUCCAGCGGCACUUCCCGCAGGUCGGGCCCGAAGAGCGAGUGCUCAACUACUACUCAUGCGCUCUGGUGGGGGAUCUCUUGCUGCAGGGGCACCUCUACAUCACCAAGAACUACUUCGCCUUCUACUCCAACGUGUUCGGAUAUGUGACCAAGCUCCUAAUACCAACGACGUCAGUCCUCCGCAUCACGAAAGAGAAGGUGGCGCGCAUCAUCCCCAACGCCGUCGGCGUGUGCACGCGCGACGAGCGGCACGUGUUCGGGUCCCUGUUGUCGCGGGACUCCACCUACAAGCUCAUGACCCACGUGUGGAAGGCGGCGCGCGUGCCCGAGCGAGCGGUGCCUACUCCACAGGAUUUACGUGCCUCAGAAGUAGAGUUGGACGUAACGGACUCUCCCGAGGACGACAGCAGCAGCGCCGGCGGCGACCACACGCCCGCUCCUCCCGUCCGGAGAGAGUCGGAAGCGAUCAUCACUUCAGCGGGCGCCGCGGUGAUCCAGCCGGCGCUGCUGACGGGGGCGCCGCUGCCGCGGCGCGCGGCGCGCUGCGGCCGCCUGCUGCUGCUGCUGCUGGCGCUGGCGCUGGCCUGCUCCGCCGCGCUGCUCGCCUACAGGCUGCACCGCGUCACGCAGGACGAACGGGAGCCGCUGGCGGCGCUGUCGGGCGAGCAGCUGUACGGCGAGCUGGUGCGCUGGCGCGCGCGCCUGCACUCGCGCGCCGCCGCCGAGCUGCACGCCUUCCUCACCACCAACCUGCUGCUGCUCACCAAGGUGCGCCAAUCUCUAGAGGCGCUGUCGGGCGUCAUCCUGACGGACGUGGCGCAGGCCGCCGUGAGCGACGCGCCCGGCGAGCGCGCCUUCAGCUAGCCGGCGGGCCGGGCGGGGCGACUCCGGGCAGGAUGUUUGGAUUCAUUUUUGAGCAAGGUCGGAAAAAGGAAAAAACACCCACGAUUGAAAAAACUUCAGGUCAGACGGGAUGUAAUCAAAUGCUCAGAAG